AUGCACCCCUCGUCGGCCAUGAGCGACAGGUCGAGCUUCACCACCCCGACCACGGCCUUCGACCCGAUUUCCCCGGCGUAUACGUCGAGAAACCGAGUCGACAGGGCGCGCCUUGUCACUCGGCCCGUCUCGACGUCCACCGUCACCUUCUCGAGCAUAAGCCCGGCCCGCGCAAUGUCGUCUAAGAAGUGCUCGACCCGCGUGAUGUUCGUGGCCACCAUCUCGACCAACGUCCCCCGGCCACCUUCCUCCUCCUCCUCCCACGCGUUCGCGAAAUGGAGCGGGUUGAAACCCGGCGAGUCGACCCACACCAUGUCCCGGUCGUCCUCUGCGCAUUUCUCGAUGAUCCCUAGUCGAGGCGCCUUUCCCAGGACAACCCUAACUGGCGGCCGGCCUCCGAGAACCCACCAAGGGUUGACUGCGAUUUGCGUCUCGGCGAGUACCGCGCGGGACCCGGUGAGCGCAAAAUCGUGCGCGAUCGUGCAGCCACGUGCGGACCCUAUCGGCACACCCUUCCAACGUGAGGAACGGGCGCUUGAAGUCGUACCCAUACGCGAACACGUCGCCCGUCUCCCGAUCCACCUUCGGGUGGGCCGUCAUAUUCCGGAACUGCUUGUCGACUUUGUUUCCGAAAUUGCAUCGGCCGAGGGUUUUCACGUCCCCGUCCUCCGUGACUCCGACCUCGUACGGGAGGUCGGACUCGCACAUGGCGAAGAGGCGGCCACCCAAGAGGGCCACGUUCGUGUUGGCCGGCCCGAACCCGUGGUUCUCCGGGUCAAACUGGCCCGUGAGAACCCGGGCGGCCAGCACGGACAGGUGGGCUGCGGCAGCCGGCAGUCUGCUGCGGCAGAGCCCGAAGAAGUUGGGGAUGAUGGGCCGACCGGCCCGAAGCUCGACGCCGUGCUUGUGUGUGCGGACGUAGCGGCUGCAGAAGGUGGCCCCGCCGGCCGAGAUACGGGUCGAGUGGAGCAUCCCGUCGCCGUCGAAGACGUAGUAAGGGCUCGUGGGGAAGAAUUGAGGGUUUGGGCCGGUGCGGAUGUAGAGCCCGUCGAGGCAUGGGGGGAGGGGCCCACCGAUGACCGUGGGACAUGGGGUGGGCGGGAGCUCGUCCACGGGAGCGUUGUUCUCGGAAAGGACGAGGGUCGGGUCGAUGGAAGGGGAGAUUUGUCGGUCGAGGAACUUGGAUAUGUAGUCGUCGAGGGUGUCGAGGAGGGUUGGUUUCUUGAGGUUGUGCUUCUUCAUUGGCUCAAUAAGGGUUGUGGUGAAUUGGAAGAUUGA